AGGUAGCGCCUCCCUCCUCGUGACCACAGAUAGGGCGCUCGGCGCUGUUUUGUCUCCCAUUGACUUCAAGGUUAAAGGCAACAGGGGUCAUUAUGCUGUGGGAGGAUAACUGCUAAGGUCAAGGGUGACACGUGGUACAUCCCUCCCCCACUGCACGGCGCAGGUUUGAUUUGUCAUCAGUAUCGAGCUGAUUCCACUUGGAGUAAAAAUAUUGUGUACCAACACAGCCUGUGUCUGUUAGCAUUCAAGUUCUUCUUCCUGCCGAGGAGACGCUGUGUGCUGCUGUGUUUCCUGUGCGUAACCUUUGAAAAUGUCUCUUAAGCAGGACUAUAAAAGUAAAUAAAGGGUUGCUAUGAGAACAAAGGUUUUAUCUUGUCAGCUCCACAAAAUCUGCAGCAAAAAUCUGCACGUGUAAAAUUUGCAGGUUAAGGAUGGUUUUCUCUACGUUUGUCCCCUGGUGAAGAAUUUUAAUCCUCGAACGUGCAUGUACAAAUAUACUGGUCAGGUGCACAGCUGUGUUUGAUAUCCAGCAGACGACACACUUUAGGUUUUCUCUCUCUCUUCUUGACAGAUUCAGUUAGAUUUUGGGUUUGUUGCCCAACCAGUGUUACUGUAACACACAGAUAUUCUUACACAUUAUCAAACUGUGUAGUGAUUCAGUUGAUGGAACCAUGAAUUCUGCUCUCUGAAGGGAGAAGUUUGGGCGUCAGUUCGUCAUCCGCUCGCUCACCUCUGACUAACUGAAGCGUUUGGAGCGCUCGUACCAGUGUCUGGACUUGAAUCAGACUGAGAUGCUUUGCGAUGAAUUUUAUAGGCCGUUCAUGCCUGAAAACCCUCCAGCUGGAUCAGUCAGUUACUUUUUCAUACCUUAGAGUAACUUAAAAUAAAAACUGCAUUUUGUUUUUACUCUGGUUAUUUCUAACGUUACAAUUUGUUUGAUGAUCUGAAACAUUUAGGUUCAACAAAUAUGCAGAGAAAUAAAUCCUCACGAGGCAAAUGCUCCUUUUUGGUUCACAGCCGAUCAGCAGAUUCUGAAAUACUCAGAGCAACAAUUAAGUAACACGUUGUGAUGCUUGAACUUCAGCAGGUCAUCCAGAGAAGAAGAGCUCAGCCCACAGUGGAUUUUGGGGCUGAUAACAGGGACGGAUGCGUUAGGCCUCCUGUGAUAUGGGCGCUUACUUCAUGAGAGCAGUGGUCCUAUUAUUAGGAUAUCUAUAGAAGAUUUGGAGAGGAAAAUGUAAGAAUGAUCAUUUAAAAACAUCUGUAAAUGUUUUACUUUUUCCCAAAUGAAUUAAAUUCUAAAAACAAAUUUUAAAUGAUCGAUUACUGUCGCCCGUGCUUUCUCUUUGGACAGCUCCAGUUAAUCUAACUGGUUUUCAGUGCUGCUAACGUGGUUUGGUUGACUUCUAAUGGUAAGGAAGGCCAACAUGGAGCUGGGAUGUUGCAGCUCUCACCAGGGUGUUUGUUUAAACUCCUGCUGACCCUGCUAAAUGACUCAUAAUCAGAUAAUAAAUAUUUCCACCGUGUUGUGAAAUCAGUAAGCAGAACCUGGCUCCUGGUUGCCAUCCUUACUCUAAUCCACGCAGCAUUAGUGAGGUUUAGAGGUCGGACGGGCAGCUUCAGCAUGAAAACAUGUGGAAGGUGGGAACGUGCAGGAGCACAAAGUGUCUCCGUGCGCUGCUGUUUGGCUUCCUGCUGUGCUCACUUUGUAACCAAGCAAGGUGUGAAUCUUUAACCUGUUCGCUGAGCGCUUCAGUUAGUUAAUGUCAUUGUGUUUUGCCAGCUUGAACCUGUGUUUAUGCUAGGGCAUGCACGUCCUCCUCCCAAGUGCCAGAGGCGCAGUUAAAGGGGAGGCUAAUUUGGGUGUGAGGGCUGGGAAGAAAGGGCGGGGGCAGCAUUGUUGAACGCCAGUGAAAAUAGGACUAUCAUUUCCACUCAGAUAACCCCUGGCUGUCAUUGGACCACAAGCCAAGCGGUGACCCCGGGGGCUUGAACUCUUGCCGGUCAUGUGACCAGGCAGUAAAGUGACCAGUGCUGAUCUCUCUGCGGUCAGAGAGGGGCAGGCUGUCGAGGAAAGAGGUUGGUGGGGGAGAGAACAGAGGAGCCGGGCAGAGAAAGAAACCGAGAGCAAUGUGGAGAGCAGGCCCAGUGGCUUUUUCCUUUAGCAGAGUCCAUGCUUGAAUGGGGUCCAGGCAGACUGGGAGAAGCAUGAAAUGGACACAUGGGAAGAUGAUCCAACUGACCAGCGUACUUGCCUUAUCUGUGGAGAUCGCGCCACAGGCCUGCACUAUGGCAUCAUCUCCUGCGAGGGCUGCAAGGGCUUCUUCAAGCGCAGCAUCUGCAACAAGCGCGUGUACCGCUGCAGCCGGGACAAAAACUGCGAGAUGUCACGCAAGCAGCGCAACCGCUGCCAGUACUGCCGCCUGCUUAAGUGCCUUCAGAUGGGGAUGAACCGUAAAGCAAUCAGAGAGGACGGCAUGCCUGGAGGGAGGAACAAAAGCAUUGGACCUGUGCAGAUAACGGAGGAGGAGAUCGAGCGGAUCAUGUCGGGCCAGGAGUUCAAGGAGGACGCCCCGGAGCACACCUGGGGCAACAACGGCGACAGCGACCACAGCUCGCCAAGCAACGGCGCCUCAGAGGGCAACCAGCCGUCGCCUGCCUCCACUCUGUCGUCCAAUCGCUCCGCUGAAAUGAACGGCUACACGGCAGCCCUGCGGGACCAGUACAUUAACACCUCCAUGCCCACGCAUUACCAGCUCUUGCCUCACCUGUUCAGCUACGCCGCCCAGUCUGGCCUGCUGGCCUCUCAGCCCCGCAACCUCUACCCACAGCCCCACCCUCUGGUGCAGCAGCUGGUGGCUGCUGAAGAGCUGGCCCCCCUGACCACUCCAAUGCUUAUAGAAGAAGAGUACAAGGUAACACAAGUGGAGCUGUUUGCUCUGCUGUGCCGUCUGGCAGACGAGCUGCUUUUCCGCCAGAUCUCCUGGAUCAAGAAGCUGCCCUUCUUCUGUGAGCUCUCCAUAGAGGACUACACCUGCCUGCUCAGCUCCACCUGGCAGGAGCUCAUCCUGCUCUCCUGCCUCACUAUCUACAGUGGCCAGAUCUUUGGAGAGCUGGCCGACAUCACAGCAAAGUACACGCCAUCUGACGACGAGCUUCAGGGAUUCAGCGAGGAUGGGAUGGAAGUAAUGGAGAGGUUGAUCAUUCUGUUUCGCAAACUCCACCAGUUAAAGAUCAGCAAUGAGGAGUACGCCUGUAUGAAAACCAUCAACUUCCUCAAUCAAGAUAUCAGAGGACUGUCCAGCAUCUCCCAGCUUGAGCAGCUGAAUAAACGCUACUGGUGUGUGUGUCAGGACUACAUUGAGUCCAAGUACCCACUGCAGCCUAAACGCUUCCCUGAGAUCAUGAUGUGCCUGCCGGACAUCCGCUGCAUCUCAACAAAGCUGGUGAACGUCCCUCUGGAGCAGCUCCCCCUGCUGUUCAAAGCAGUCUUGCACUCCUGCAAAUCCAGCCUGACCAGCUACAGGACCGGCCCGUCGCCCUGCGUGACCGCCUCCACCGGAAACUAAACCCUCCCCGACACCCGAGUCGAGGACUGGUCUCCCCUCUCGUGAAUGUGACAAGCAGCUAGUUUGUUUUUUGUAACUUUUUUCUUUAUAUAUUUAUUACACGACAGAGCUGAAUGUAUGCUGAUUUACACUGUGCACAUGCUUCUGUACAAAACAAAUGCUCGUAGAUGCAUUGGUCUUUGGAGUUUACAAGCGUGUAUCCAUUUUGCUCCAUGUGUCAGUGUUGCCAUUGUUAGAGCUAGACUUUAAAAGAGUUUAUUUUAUACAGAUGGGGCGCCUUGGCACGCGCGACGAGUGUUUUGAGACUACCUCAGGAAGAUGUUGUUGCUAUUUUCAGGUACCUUUUCUUACUGUUAAAUGAAGAGUUGCCCAGUCUAAACCAAAACCCUGUGGAUGCUUUGGUACCUCAAUCAGAGAUGAAUGUUCAAAGAAGCUGCAUAAAUCAGUCUGAAAAACAGUUUUUUGUUACACUGAAAAUGCAAAAUGAAUUAGCAAAAGUACUCAGACAUCCUGCUUUUAGGAGGCGGUCUUGUCAAUUUAACAUUCCAUGAGUUAAGGUGGCUGUUGUUGGAUCUGUGGGAUCAUCGAAUAGGAGCAUACGGGUAUUUUUUAACAAUCAUAGACUAGGGAUGUAUGGCUUUAUUGCAGGGGAAGGGGCGGAUAGCUAGGUUUGCUGUUUUUCUUUUUAUUAUGUUUCUCUCUUGACCAAAGUGUUAUGCAAAGAUUAUAUCAAGCGCUCGCUGAUGGGUAGGGAGCUGACAGCUCAACAAAACCCUUUUCUUAUCCAUGAAGGACGAGGAUAAGAAAUGAAUCAGUCUGUUUCAGAGGCAAGACGCUCUGCAGGACAGAAAAGUUCCACGUUUCAUUGCAAACACGCGCGUUUUGUCGCGUGCACACAUAUGCACAGAGCAGACACGAUGGCUCUCAUUUUGUGCUCUUCAUUGCCAAGGAAGAUGGUGCAUUUUCGCCUGCUCUCGACACAGCUGGGUAUAUGUGAUUAAAAAUGUGCGAGCUUCACGGGUGACACACACCGAUCAGCCACAACGUUGAAAUAUCGGGGAGGUUUCUGAUGUGUUGGCACAUUUGGGUCUGUCAGCUGGUCUGUGCUCUCUGGCGGUGGGUCGCGUCACGGAUAACGCUUCCUGCAGGUUGAAUUUUGAGCUUGAUUCAAUUUGAGGACUUUGGAGAGCAGGUGAACAAACCACGCUUUCCCCUAGUCCUGAGGGAGACCGCUGGUACUGGGGCACGCCAUCAUUUUUAACAAACACCACAUUACUGAUUACCCAAGGUUAGGGUUGGGUUUUUGCUUUACUCACAAUGGAAACGGGCCCAUAAAUUUUCAUUUGAAUAAAUUUUAGCCUUGGGGAAGGAUUUUUAUUUGGGUGGUUGGAUGUUAUUGUAACCCUAACCCUAUAUGGGUUGGCUCCACAUUAACCCCAGCACGCUCGAGCUCUCCCAGCAGAGCUUUGCAUAGUAACAAGGUAACGAUUACUGGUCACUUCAGCUGUCCGGGGUUUUGAUGUUGUGGCUGCUUGGUGUUGCCCAUCUUAGUGGAACCCACUGAAACCAGCCAUUUAAAAGAAUCAGUGUUUAUUGAUCCAUCCGUUUUGCUUAAGAGUUCAUUUCGAUUUUUCAAAACAGUUGUUGAAUUUCAAAGUUCUAUCGGCCAGUUUUGAAGGGCAAUCAAACGUUUUUAGAUGUAGAAUGUAAAUCAGACCACACUUGGUUUCCACGGGCAUCAGGCCGCGUGGACAUCCAGGUACGGUCCGACUGUUUUUAAAUGAGAUGAAAGUGAAAAUAUCAUUUAUGCAGAACUGGCUUAAAGUUGAACGUCUAAUCGCUUUAAUCCAGCCGUAAGUGGACUCGGUGUGAUCGGCUAGGGCUUUACCUCAAUCAGUUUAGGCCAGGUUUGGAGAAUUUUAGGGGAUAUACCCCUGGCUUGCAUACCCACAGAUAUGCACGCCGUUUUAAAAAGUGUAGCCACAGAGAAAUGGUCUUUAUUUUUAAAGUGUGAGAUUAUCAUUUCUGACCACUUGAAGUGUCUUUUCUGGCCAUUUCACCAUUUGCGUCAUUUGAAAUGCAGACAAAGUGCAGUCCCCGCAACCACUCCCUUUUUUGCACACGACAGUGAGGUUUGGAGACCUUAACCCUUGUUCUUGGCCACUGCCCACCCAAUGUGUUCCUCUCUCAGGUCCCUGCUGACCUGGAUAUAUACAGGGUAAAGUGAGUGUUAUGUAUUGCAUUCAGGAGUUCGUCAGUGACCACACUGAUGUACUUGUAGUAUUAGUAGAUGUAGCUUCCAGGACAUUGUAGGUCCUGUUGUAGAAAGGUGUUUUUGUUUUUUGUUGUUUCAACUUUAUUUCCCUCACAGUCCCCACCCCACCCACACUCCCCUUCAGUGAAAGUGGAAUUAGUUUGCAGGGCAGGUUUUCCAAAGCUCUCGGCAUUGAUGACGGACGAAGCAAAAGGCAGCGGCAUCUUUCCGAUGUCACGGCUUCCCUCCCGUCGUGCGCAGCCUAACGAAACCACAGCCCAAUCCAGCGUUCCUUGUAAUGCUUCAGUUAGCCUCUUUUGAUUUUUUUGAAUGCUUUAAUGUACCUUUUGUAGUUUAUAAUUAAGAAUGUCUUUUUAGCUUUUUUGGGUUUGAUUUGGAGUGAAGACAACACCUAUCAUUUUCUAAACUUUGGCUGAUUUCUUCAUUGUUGUUGUUGACGUUCACUUGUUCACUGUGUUCAUUAAAGAAAGUGUUACUCAGGCUUUGUCAGCAAUGCUUUACGUGCACGCUGCUGACAUUUUGGAUCUGUUUGCGUAAUCUUGGAAUAAGUUUAAACCUCAAAUGUUGUGCUGUGGCGCCGUCUCUGGAGACAAAAGCCUCGUGUUCAUCCAUCAGGUGACCAGCACACCACACGGGGGCAGGGUUACGUUUGAGCCAGGUGCCCGACGAGCACAGUUUGAUAAACUCUUAGGUUUCAAAGUUAAUCUUUGGGUGGAAUAGAUGUGAACCUCACCGUUACCAUGGUAACCAGGUUACCAUGCACGCGAUCGCCAGUGAUCCACUUGGGUCCACAUGUUCAGAAAGUCUAAGAUGUUUAAAUUCUUCAGUUUUGUUUCAGGUUGUAUAAAAACAGCUCGACCGAACCCUGAUCCUCCUCGCGUCGCUGGCUAACUGCUGGAUGUUCAGAUUUUGCAGAGAUGAACAAAACCAUUUAAUGUUGCCUUUAGCGGCGCUGAAAGGUUUGGCUUUUAGCUUGAGAUAGCUGCCUCCCUCCCAAACAACUGAUAGUGUUAUGUUUUUAAAAAACAUACAUGUAGAGGCAGCAUUCCUCCACAUGUAUUAACUGAAAACAUUAAACCAAACUAUCUGACAAGAUUACAUUAUCGUGUCGUUUUGGUGAACCGACCCUUUAGAUCACAGUAUCUCAGGACACUUCUGUGUACCGAAGGUCUCACUGUGAUGAAACGGUUCAGAUCCCCUCAAACGCUGCUCAGAGAGCCUGUCAGGCUGUCCCGUGUCUGUGCAGCACUGCCAGAAAAACAGCAAAAUGACUGGAGGAAUGCACUGAACAUCACACUGAGAUCUGACAGCGCAGCAGGAUCUGAGGGGUUUCUCCUUUAAUGUGAUGCCAAACUGUCUGCUUAUCAGCGGUGAAUCCCACCUUUGCUGGCAGCACUCGCACUUGUUCAAUGUUACAGUUUGCUACACACACGCUGGUGUCUUUUUUCACUUCCUGUUUGUAUUGGUUGUGUGCAGACAAAGGGAUGUGCCAUUUCUAAACUACCUCUGUAUUUUUCACACUGUUACUAAUGUUCAUUACACCAAUGUUUUUUAUGAGUUGACCUUACAUGUGAACCACCAACACUUGUUUUCUUCUUCGUAGCCUUGUAUUCCUCUCUACCUCAGGUACUUUUAGGGACCCUCUUCCUCCUUUGUUUCCUAAUGUGCUGUUUCAUGUUAAAUUAGCAUCAUCUUAUAUUUCACUCCUACCCUGUUAUCAAAAAUCACAUACCAAAGAUGAACGAAUGUCAAUGACAAUGUCAGUGCACUGAUUAAGCAUUCAUGUGUUAUGUUCUGGCUGAAGUUAACCAGUGUUGCAUUUUUCCAUGUUGACCUUAUCCAAAUAUGCCUCAUUAUCUGUUGAAUUUGCUGUAUUCGCCAUACCAUGAUAAUCCUGUGUGCGCAUGCACGUGCGUGUUUGUUGUUCGUUGGUGAAGCAGAGAACACACUCAGUAUUAUCCCACAGCAGCCGGUGCUGCAUGUGAUCAGUUGUCAAUCGCAGGAUGUAACUGUGCUCAGGCUGACUCUUCCUCCGGUUUGCUCACUCGUGUAACCGUAACACUGUGACCACAGAUGGACAGACGGCUGUGGUGUGAGCACUGGGGCUGGACACACACCCAGGCUCCGCCUUUAAAGUCGCUGUCCUGCUGUUAAAUCUUUAACGCCAUCAACUUAUUUGUAAGUGAGAUGUUCAAAAGACUCAUGUUCCUACAGAAACAGCUUGUAUUCACCACACUUUCUAUAUAACGCUCGUCCACUCCCUUUAGUUUUCAUCUGAGAACAGCCAGUGGGUGUGGCUUCUAAACCAGAGCCAGAGAUGACCAUAUUAGGGAUUCCUGUUCAAACUGACUUCAUACAUGUUGGUGGGCCUGGAGCAUUGUGUUUUUAUGCAGACGCACACACAAAUAGACAUUUCGGCCCAUAUUGCUUGUCCUGGAUGGAGCUCCAUCCCCUAAUUCCCUGUAACUGACAACACUAUAGACAGAACAGCAGGUGUCCAGCUGUCAGAGCUUUGUUACAGGCACACGAGGAGCACACCGGCAACAUAUCUCAGGGAACAAACAGAUUCAUACACGGUCAUCAGAAACUGAAACGCCAUUUCUGUCUUUUCUCUUCAGAAAUCUCUUGUCUGCUCUUGUUACUUUAACUACCUGUGAAGAAUGUGAUCCAUUAUGUGUUAAAAGCAUGUUUAGAAUGUGUUAGGACUUGAAACAAAAUAAAUGUGAACAUUAUGCAAGUG